AUGAACUCCAAGCGAUACGAGAAUGAGAGUCGGUUCUGCAUGGUACUGGCGCUAGCUACUCUUUGGGCUUGCUAUGAUACGGCUGCCUCUGAAUAUUUACCAGCUGGCAAUCCCGUGGAAAAGAUACAAAUCAAAGUCAUCAGCAUCAACAGGGGCUUAGAUAUUGUGGAUGCAGGAACCAACCAAGAGGCAGAAGCUGCAGCGGCAACUGGCAACGGCACGGCGAACAAUGACACAAUGCAGGUCAGUCGUGACAAUUGGAACACUCUAGUUUCGCUCGUGAGGAGACAAGAAGAAAUAAACCAAGAACACUUCCAAGCGAUCAAAGCACAGCAGGCUGCUGAUAGGCAAUGGAUGGGGCAACAGUUCGAUAGAGUGGUGAACAACCAAAGAAGAUUUGGUGGCACUAUUGAGUCAGCAUUUCAGAGGCAGGAUCCUGUCAGACAAGCUAGGAACCGCCAAAAUGAGAUUGACGAGAGAGAAGUGGCAAGACAAGAGGAACGGCAAGAGGAAGAAGCCCGUCAACCACGUGCACCUGCAGCCGGUGCAGCAGGUCAAGGUCAACAACAACGUGCACCUGCAGCCGAUCGAGGUCAACAACGUGCACCUGCACGGGCAGGACGUCGCCAACAGCGAAAUCGAGAUGUGUCAGCAACUGCCAUGAUGAAAGGCAAUAUCAAGACUCUCAUGGAAAUGUGGGUUGAGUGGACUAUUGGCUACUAUGGCAAGGCAGCUAAGGACUUUACCAGUGGCGAGAGGAACAAGAACAGUGCAACCAAGGUCAUGUAUGGUCGUCGCCUUAGGAUCUAG